GACACAACUGUAGCUUUAGGGACCCCAUCGCAGCCAUGGAGACCGUGGGUCAAAUUCGCCAAGCGCGUGCAUCUCUCGCUUUUCGCACGGCCUGCUCCGUAUUGAUUUGUUGCAUCAUCAGCACGAUCCUCUCUGCCAAUACCUCAAAGGAGGUAUUUUCCUAUGCAGAGGGAAGUUUAGCACCGAUCUUGGCCUUCCUGGUACCAGCGGUGCUCAGGGGUGAUACCAACAAGACUAGCUUGACUUUUGUCAUGUCCUCAUUGGUGCUUGUGCCUUUGGGCAUGGCAAUCUGUGGACUUUGCUACGUGGCCGGCGACCUCCGCUGGAAACCCUGGAUUUUGGCCCUGGGAGCUGGCUUUGGCAGCUUCCUGGCAAUUCUCUGGGGUGUUGCCGCGGAGAUUCUGCAUAAGCCUCGGGUGUUGUUGACCGGAAGUUAUGUGGCUCUCCUUAUGUUCCUCCUUCCUCUAGCUUUGGCCUUUCACGAGCCAACGACUUGGAAUUGGUGCUUGGACACCAUGUGUAUGACAGGUUCCAUUGUAGUUGGCAAUCUGAUGUCGAUGGCGCUGAGCCAUUUGCCCCUCACCGGCGCCGAGCCCGCGCAACGCCAUGUGCCCGGCACGGCGGCCUGCAAAGCUGCAGCGCUGGCGGAGAUGUUUGAGGCUGUGGCCAUCUGGCAGAAACCCACCACGGCAGCGUUGCUGCGGCACCGGCAAUGCCGACUCAGGAUUCUGACUGCCUCCCACGAGUUCCGCCGAGCCACCGCGGCGGCAGCCUUUGAGCUGUGGCAGAUGCCAACAGCUGAUGGCGAGGAGUGGGAAGUCUUCAGUCAAGAAGCAGAAAGCUGCCGCAUUGCCUUGCAAUUGAAGUCAGGGAUGCUGGCUUUCGGCUUCAGCCCUGCAACCACGAAGCUCUGGUAUCAAGGAGCUCUAGGCGAAGCUCUUCGCCGCAGCUGCUUCACCGCGGCCUACGCGUUGCGCUGCGCCGCCGGGCGCCUGGCCAAGCUCAGCGGUGACCAGCCGCCGCCAGAGGUUCCAGCUGCUCCAUGGCUCACUUCGGACUACACCACUGCCCUGGAGUGUCAGGAAGCUGCAGAGCAAUGCCGAAAAGGUCUGGAAAGUUAUCUGAAGGAAUGGCAGUUGGUAGACCCCCAGCACGCGGACCCCACUUUUCGGCAACAGCUGGAGGACGUGAUGCUGGAGGAAGUGAAGUACACGGACAGUGUGAAUCCGCUGGAAAUGUUUCUGAAGGGCGACUACAUCAUGAGAACCGAAGAGUGGACCAGCGGCCGACGCGAGAGGGUGAAAGUGGCGGCCUUUGAUGAGGCCUGUCGCCAAUCCGCCCUGCUGCUGGGCGUGUGCCAAGCCGCCACGGCGGCCGCCAACAUGGCCCAAAACGUGCCCGAGGACAUGAGGGGAUUCAAAGGCAUUUGUUGCAGAUCUGGAGGCCUUUCUGGUCUUCGAAGCUGGCUAAAGGCGCCCUUCUAUUGCCGCGUUUGGCCUGAAGCUUUUCGAAAGGCCCGAUCCUUCGGCUUCCGCAUGGCCACCGCCAUCAGUAGCAUCGGAUUGGUCUUUGCAUUGGCAGAGCCCAAUGCGGUUUGGCCGCAUCGAAACGGACCGAUGUGGACACUGGUGACCAUCGUGUUGAUCUUGACGCCUGUGCAGGGAGCCUCGUUACAACGCAGCCUGCGGCGCUUCUGCGGUACCGCUUUGGGCAGCCUGCUGGCAGCGGGAUCCAUCGCAUUGGUAGGUCGUCCUGAUCUUCGCAUCCUCUCCAGCCAUAUCUUUGCCCUGUGCUUUGCGCUCAAGUUCUUUGAGCCCGAGUUGCAAUAUGCUGGAACAGUGGCGUUCGUGACUUACAUGGUGGUGAUUUUCAGCUUGACGGAUGAGCUCGACAUGGGGCCUGAGGUAGCCCACGUUGAGCUGAUGCGCCGCUCGCUACACCUGGCCCUACGACGCUGUUUGGAUGUGGCCGUGGGUGUGUUGACGACGCUGGUGGUCUCUGUCUUCGUAGCACCGGACCGAGCAGUGGAUGAGCUGCGCAUGCGUGAAGAAGAGGCUCUGCGCUGUGCUGCCAAGGGCAUGAAAGCUGCCUGCCAGCUGCUGGCGAGCCAUGCAUCUCCGACAGACCAGGAAGCAUCCUCCAACACCUCUCAGUGGACUGAGCUACGCAAGGAGAUCACCAGCAGUUACGAAUCCCUGAACUUCGCCGGCGACGGCCGUCCUGGUGUGGGCGAUGUGUUGGAAGACGCACGUUGGGAGAGCGCUUGGGGCGUGGAUGGUGGCGUUCUUCUUUUAGGUGGGCUGCUGUGGUUUCCGAGCUGCGGUCGAAGGGGCCCACCAAAGGCAAAGCAUUGCCUGGAUGCCGUCGUGACCGUGAGCCGCUUGCUGCGGAGCGUGCAGACGCUCAUGGGCAUUUGCCAAUCGGAUUUCGGCGAGGACGCCCAGCGUCCCCUGCGCCACGACCCACGCGUUUGGGCCACGCUGGGCCCCGACGGUGAGCACUUCACCGCGCUCCUGGAGACCACCCUCCUCAGCGCCGUCCACACCUUGACGGGACAGCCGGCGGCCACGGCAUCGGUACCGGCCACGGUGGAGGAGUUGACGGAGCGCCUAGAGGAGCGCAUGAACCAGCUCUUUGAGGCCGCGGCCAACAGUCGCCUGAGGGCUGGAGGCUUGGUGGGCCAAUCCCCUCAGCUGGGCGGUAUGAAGGCUGCCGCCGCGUUGAAACUGCUGGAACUCUGCGUUCAAAACUUCAUCCAGAUUUGUCGGCAACUGGACGGUGGCAAUAGUGAGGAUGCCACCAUGUCAGGAUAUGAGUCCAGGACUUCACAUAGCAGCGAGAAAUGCCAAGACUCCGAAACAGAGGAGUGGACGGUGUGAUCAUGCAGCUGGUGCGAUCCAUCUUUUGGUUGUGACCAAAUUUGAGGGCAAGCUCAGUAAAUGACCCUCUGGUAAACAUACAAA